AACUAAGAUGUCUGAAAGUUGAAGGCUCUGAGGUGACAAUGGAAGAAACUGAAUCUGUUGGUGUGACAAUAUCUGGGAGACAAGUGAAAAAUAAAGUAGUUCUAGUGGAUGAAAGGUUAAGUGAAGUUGUUAAAAUGAACAGUGAAGAGUCUCUUUUGGAAAGAGUUUGUAAUGACAAUGAAAAAAAAGGAAAUUCAAUUUCAGAACUUUUGGAGUUACAAAGAACAGAGAAAAAGUGUUGUCAAGAAGAGACAGAUUGCAUGUUUCGGUUGAUGGAGACAAUAUCUGCAGUGGACGUUUUGUCACGUGGUGGUGCUUGUAGCAGAGAGCCUUGUGUUAGGAGUUGGGAUCAAGUUCCAAAGGAUGGAACAUCAUUUAAUGAGGGGUCAGAAUGUCUGUGGUGGCAGGGUUCAGUCUCCAGGCUUCUCUGCCAUUAUUUACUAGAGGGUAGUGUGCAUAAAUGCAGAACAAGUCUUGAGGCAGCACAAAGUUGCCAUGUGAAUGUGCAUCCUACCAGAGUAACCUAUACAAAGCCAACACAACAGGAACUGAGGUGGCGAAUGGCACAGCAUGCAGCAGAUGAGAUCAUGUUACCCAUAGUGCCACUGUGGUGUCGCCCAGAUCAUCAUUCUGUGGCUUCUGAUUACAUGCCAGUGCUUCGUGCUGUGAGUCGCAAUGAGCAGGAUCGCCUUGCUUGUAGCACAAAGCGUCGCAACAGGUUCUUUCACUAUCUGAAGGGCCUGAAUGUUCAUGCAAAUGAUGCUACGCUGAAUACGCUUUGUGCUGUGUUUGCUAGCAUGCAUACAACAUAGCACCCAAGGUGCAGUUUCAACUAUUGGAAAUUUGUUUUUUGUACUGACAUCAAGGAAUAAAUUAUUUACUUUCUAGGGUAAGUAUGAUAACGACUGAUAAUGAAGGGAAUGGUUUGUCUUUUAAGUAAACUGUCUGAGAUAAAUAUACAUACUAGAUUAGAUAAGAAAGGAUUGAGCACAUACAGUCUGUUUAUGGCUGUUUCAGAAAUGUAGCAAGGGUACAGGAUGUUGCAAUUGGACAGGAAAUUUAAUUUGAUGAAUAUAAUAUUUAUCUGUCCUGAGAGGAAAUUUGGGUAAUAGUGAAGCUAAAACAAUUGUCUGAGAAAACAGAGAUAUGUAAGAAACAAAAUGUAAAAACAGUCUGAAGAAAGUUUAAAAAUUAAGGUAGUAAAUUUUAUCAUAGAAAAAUGUGAGGGGAAAUUACAGAAGAAUGCAUACAACCACAACAUUUUACCAGACUGUUAAGGUAUAAUUUGGUAUUUGGGAAUUUAAGAAAAUAUUGAAGUUAUGAUACAUUUUUGAGAUUGUGAUUUUCUUGGUUGCAACCUUGUAAUCAUGGAGAUGGUUAUUAUUGUAACCAUCUAUUGUAAGAUUUUAUUUUCAAAGACAUUGCGUACAUUAAGUCAGAUUUUUUGUUUUCUCACUAAAUCUUAAUGUUGUAUUCCUUCUGUAAUGUGGAAGUGAAAGUAAUUCAUAGUUGGACCUAAGUUUUAAAGGAUAACUAAACAAAUAGAGGGCUAACUGCGAUUUCCCACCACAAAAUUGAGCAUGUUAUGAAUAGGGCCUCCAAUUCUUUGCAUCAGGACAGUGAUGGACUCUUGUGUAUAUAAUAACCUUCCAGUUCUAUAAAAGGCAGAAAAUUUCUUGAUGAGCUGAAUGAGCAUCAGCUUCCCAAGGACUGCUUUAUUAUGUUAGUUUUCCAGCUUGCUAAGCAUAACAUAGCUUGGUCAUUCAGUAAGAUAUUUGCCAAAAGAUUAACAGUUUUUAUUGUUUUAAUAAGAUGUGUGUUUCUGAAGAAUGCUAAUGAUUGAAGUACACAAAUGAACAGAUGCUUAGGAGUUAAGAUCAACAAAUCAUAUGAAUGUAUGUAAUUUUGUUAGUAGUAAAAUUCUGAGAAAAAUAUGAAAGAUUUGAGGCCUGAUGGUGGUGAAGAUGUUGAUUGUACUCACAGAGCACAUCUGACAAAAAAAAUAUGAGUUUGGUACAGUAAUAGAGGAUCAUUUUAACUGGAAUUGCAAUAUUUUGUAGGUUUAGAGGUUACUGUAGAAUGUACAGCACAUUUAAUUGCUAAUAAGACAAACAUAAGUUUAGAGGAUUAUUUCAAAGUUACAAUAAAAUGAUUUUUGGGGAUAGUAGGUAUUGUCAUGUUUUUGGAUUAUCCAUGUUAUUUCUCCCCUGCAUAUUGGUGGAUAUUGGACAGUUCACUGUAUUUUAUUAGUCUGCUUUUCUUGUUUUGAAAGAAAGAGUAGAUUUACCAUAUCAUCAUAUCCAUGUCUGUUGGAGUCUUUCUGUGUCAGUCAUUUAACAUAUUGUAUAUUAUAUUGACUUUUUUGAAGAAUGUUUUGGAGCCGUCUAGCUGGUGAUGGGAGAAUUGAGAAGCAGUCACAACCUUUCAUGCGAUUCUUGGUGUAAAUAUGAACUGCUUGCCCUCAUACAGGGAGCAUGUAUGUUGCCAAGUUGUGAGCAGUGAGCAAGGUUUGCAAGCAACACAAGCAGUGAAGUAUGCAUGUUUGAAGAGAAUAAGAGCAUGAUUGUAGUUUCUUGUCAGAACAAUCAAGAUUGUGAUAUAUAAACUAACAACUGCAAUCUGGAACAUAAUUAUUUGUAAUAAUAGUGUGAUGAAUAAAAUCGUAUUUCAAGUAA